CGCCUGCUAAAUUAUCGAUGAUCUAUCUAAGCUUAUCUAUAAAACGUAUUGAUACUGACCGGGUCAAGAUAACAUUUUCAUUAUCAACAUUGUCCACAUAGUAACUUACAGUGAGUGUAUUUGUAAAGCAUGGCUCGAUCUCAUUACGAGACUAUAGUGAUCGGUCUGGGAGCCGCCGGUGUGACAGCAGCUACAACACUAGCGAAAGCGGGGAGAGUAGUGUUGGGUAUAGAAGCGCAGGGAAGAGUCGGGGGUAGGGUCAACACAGUGCUUUUUGGAAAUGGGGUGGUGGAGGUGGGGGCGGAGUGGAUACACGGAGAAUCGUCAAACCGAGUAUACGAUGUUGCUCUCCAAAUUAAGAUCCCAAUGGGGCUUCAAAGCGCCGAGCUAAACGUAUUUCGUUCUGACGGACAAUUGCCUAACAAGGAAUUCCAAGCUAUAGUAAAUGAAAUAUUGGCAAAAGGAAUGGACUUGAUGGAGGACGUGCCUCAUAAAUCAGAGCCCUUCGGGCAUUAUGCAGUAAGAAAACUACGUGAAUACAUUCAAGAAAAUCAUCCAGAACUUCUAAAUGAUGAAGACUUAAUAGAUCAAUUGAUUGAACUAUUCGAACUUUUCUCGAAUAAUCACAGCGCUUCCAACAACUGGAAUGACCUGGACUCGAGAGACAGAUAUACACCUGUAGAUGGUCACCAAUACAUCAGUUGGCAUAAGCAUGGGUUUAAAACCUUUUUUGAAGUUAUGUUGAAUACUUAUAACAACGGCCCAGGGCUACCAACGUUAGAUAUAAAAUUGGACACUGAAGUUAUCCAAAUAUAUUGGCCAGAACACCCUAAUGAGAAAGUCACGGUAACGACUAAAGAUGGCUCUGUGGUUACUGCUGACAAUGUCAUUAUUACAGUUUCUUUAGGCGUGUUAAAAGAAAGUUAUAAAACCCUCUUCUCACCAAGGUUACCAGCUUCAAAAGUAACAGCAAUAGAAAACAUGUCCAUCGGUGUGAUGGAUAAAAUAAUUAUCUCUUUCCAACAUUCGUGGUGGCCAAAAAAUGUCACAUUUUUUGGGUUCUUGUGGAGAGGAGAGGACAGAAGGAAGAUUGGUAGAGAAGAUUACUGGAUUACGAGGAUUUAUGGAGCAACGACACCUAUGGGAUCGAACAAUGCACUCACUUUGUGGACAAGCGGCGAAGUUGCUAAAAUGGUGGAGUUGUUGCCCGAAGACUUGGUCAAACGAAAGUGUGUUCAACUGCUGCAGAUGUUCAUGGGAGGGAAUAUCACAAUACCAGAACCUACAGGGAUAAUUAGGUCAACCUGGUACAGCAACCCGUACACCCGUGGCAGUUAUUCCUACGACUCCAUUUAUUCCGCCACCUUAACAGGUCUUCGCGCUGACCUGGCGGCGCCUUUAACAGAUAACAGCGGGAAACCACGAGUAUUAUUCGCUGGAGAAGCUACAGAUGAUACACAUUUCUCCACUGUGCACGGUGCUUGUGAUACUGGACAUCGAGAGGCCAUGAGAUUGUUACCCGGGUCUAAAAUAUAAUUUUUUAUACGAUGAUUAUAUUUUAUUGCUUUAGAACACAGAAACAGUUACAAAGGUGUGCUUGGCUCGCAACUUG